AUGGGUAGGAAAGAGCCUCAAAAAUCGGUCUCCAAAAUUUCCUCCGCCUCGUCGCCCGCAGUGGCUGCCAGCGUCAAUACUCGAAAAGUCUCAGUGUUGAAGUCAGCGUUUGCUCCUUCACAAUUACAACUGCACCUAUUCGCCUCGGUCAUUCAGAGUUUCGACGUGCACCAACUGCGCAUUCACGAUGCGACUACGGGACGUUUGCGCAGCCAGCAUGAGACCAGAGCCGGGUCAAAGAUCACUUGCCUCGACUGGGGCUACUAUGGUGCUGCAUACCGGGAACGACUGCAGUCAGCUUCGAAGAAAAAACGCAAGCGGAAUUCUCAGAGUAGUGAUGGUGCAGUCAUCGCUUACGGAACCAAUUCCUCGCAGAUCUGCAUGUUCUCGCCCGCCGAAGGUCGAAUUGUAGGCACUCUGAGUGGAGGACACGAACGAGGUGUUAAAGAUUUCAAAUUCUCCUGCGCAGAUUAUCUGUGUGGUUGGAGCAUAGGCGAAGAUGCAAAGCUCAUACAAUGGGAUCUGGCCGAUGAUCAACCCAUCAGGACAAUCAAUCUACCAGACCCUACCAUCAGUAUCCUCGCUUCGCCGACUCAAAACGCGCCUCACAUCAUCUGUGCCUCUUCAACCCCGUUUGCAAUCGACCUCGUCUCGUCCGACGACUUUCGAAUAGACCGCUUUGACUCCUUCAAAACCCCGGUGCAGUCAUUAUGCCGGUCGGGCUCAGAUGUUGCAGGGACUUCUGGGUAUUUCCUUGCUGCAGACUCAGGUAGAUAUGUCAACGUCUACGACAUCUCUCAAAAGAGACUGGUGCGCACCCUAGUCGCUGGAAGUGGUGUUAUUUCUAUCGAACUCGCGACUCCUGCUGUGGAAACGACAGAUACCCUCCGCCAACAGGUUCUUUGCGUUGUGACAAAAGAAGGCAUCGUUGAACUCUUUCCAAGACCUUUUGCAGAGAACCAGCGAGUCAACGGAGACUUGAAAUCCAGCAGAAAAAACCUCACAAAAAAGGCAUCGGCCUCAAUACGAUUGGUCGCUCCAGGCUCCAAGGUUAAAACGGUACCGAUAGUUGCAGGCAUUGUCCAAGGAUCCGACGUCGUCCUGGUUUCCGCUGAUGGAGGUGUAGAUUUGGCCUUUCAGAAAGUGAGAUGGCAAGACGAAGGAAAUGGAGAAAUACUGUUUGACGGCGUUAAGGAGGUUCUGAGAGCGACGAGCACAUCGACCCUCAACAUGGCUACUCUCAACGGUGUUAAGGACCUCGGCAAAUCACACGUAGAUGAGUCGAGGACUGUGGUCAUCAACGGCGAGGCAGUCGCUGCACCUUUGGACCCUGCUAUUCCAAUCUCUGACAGUGAGAGUGCCGAAGAGAGCGAGGAUGACGAGGAGAGUGAGUCUGCAAACGAGGCUGUAACUAGGGCGAAGGACGAAGACGCAGGACAAGAUGGUGAAAGCUCGAUGAUUGAUUCCGAUGAGGAAAUGGCAGAUGUUGAAGAAGCAGAAGAAUCGGCGUCAGGCAAGGCGGCUACCGAUGCAGAAGGAGAAGAGGGAGAACCCUCCUUCGGCGAUAUGCUGGCAUCGAAACACCCUCACGAGAUAUCCAUUGCAUCAGCCAUCCCUCAACGCGACACUUCCGCCCUCAUGCUCAAGCCCGGCCAAACAAGCAUCCCCUCGGGAAUGUCUCUCUCCACAGUCCUUACUCAAUCACUCCGCACCAAUGACACAUCUCUUCUGGAAGCUUGCCUGCAUACCCUGGACAUGGCUAUUGUCAAAUCCACCAUUCAAAGGCUCGACUCCACCCUCGCUGGCGUUCUCCUGUCCAGACUCGCAGAACGACUCGCUUCGCGUCCCGGGCGGUAUGGACACCUCAUCACAUGGGUGCAGUGGACGUGCAUCUGUCAUGGCGGAGCAAUAGCAAGCCAGCCCGGCGUGGCAGCGAAAGUGAGGACGCUUUAUGAGGUUUUGAACGUCAGGAUGAAGACGUUGGAUGAUUUGUUGUUGCUGAAAGGAAAGUUGGAUAUGCUGGAUGCGCAGCUAGAUUAUCGAAAACAGCUGCUGGCCCAGAGACAUGCGGGCAGCAGAAAAGGGAGAAAUGAACCCGGAAUUGUUUAUAUAGAGGGGGAAGAUAACUGGGACAGCGAUGACGAAGACCUGGACGAGGACAUUGCCAGACCGACCAAGAAGUCAAGGACGAAGCCACAGAGAGAUCUGGAUGAGCUUGUCGGCGAUGAUGAUGAAGAGGAGGAUGAUGGAGAUCUGAUGCCUCUCGAGAACGGUGUAGAGGAUACGUCAUCUGACAACGAAGAGGACGACGACAGUGAGGAAGACGAGGAUGAAGACGAACAACCCAAGAUGAACGGCGUCCGCCAUGGGGGAAAUUUUGUUGACGACGAAGCUGAAGUUUCCAAUGCCGAAGAAUCCGACCCCGACGAUGAUGGGCCGUCCCCAGCAGGCUCGGAGACUCCAUCCGUUGCAUCUUCUGAUAACGAAGAGGGGAGUAGCGACGAUGAUGAAGACGAGGAAGAUGAGGAAGAAGACUCGGAAAUGGACAGCUUCAUCAACGACGGCUCUGUCGACUUCGAAGAAGAAGAAGGCGAUGAAGUGCGUGUGCCCGGUGACUCCAGUGAUGAUGAAGGUGCAAAUGACUAUCAAGAUGCGCCUGAGACAGAGCCUGUGCCGAAAUCAACUCCUCUCAAUAAGAAAGGCAAAGCAAACGGUAAAGAUGAUGUGGAUAUGGACUUGGAUACGCCCAGGUCGAAACAAAAGUCGAAGAACAAAGCGGGCAAGAAGACGAACAGGAUCUGA